UUCCUUCCCCUUCUAACACCAACACUAUCCACUUGAUCAUCAUCUUCCCCUGCAAGGCCCCUGCAGAUUUUAACUGGGAUUUCUUCCAGCUAGCCAUGCAGCCUAGUGAGGUUACAGCACUCCAUUAUCUAAUCUCUUCAAACCAAUCUCCAUGCCCACCUCCCUUUAGCAUGGCUCAGAGCAAUAGCACACCCACAUUUCAAUUUAACCAAUUCCCAAACCCAUUGUAUAAUUUCCAGCUCCCUCAGGCUCAAGAAUUCAACCCACAAUCAUCAUCUUUCAGCAGCAAUUCAACUUCUGAUGAAGCAGAGGAGCAACAGCUAUGCCUUAUAAACGAGAGGAAACAGAGGAGGAUGAUAUCCAACAGAGAAUCUGCACGCCGCUCACGCAUGCGCAAGCAGAAGCACCUAGACGAGCUCUGGUCGCAGGUUGUGUGGCUCAGGAAUGAAAAUCGGCAGCUCCUUGACAAGCUGAGCCAUGUUUCGGAGUGCCAUGACCGGGUGACUCAAGAAAAUGCUCAGCUCAAAGAGGAAACUUCAGAGCUUCGUCAGAUGCUCACUGACAUGCAACUCAACAGCCCUUUCCCUGCUCUAAGAGACCUCGAAGAUGUUCCCUGCAACACAGCUUAUCUCAGAGCAGAGUCCUCAAACCAAUCCAUCACAAGUAAUUCUUUGGAUCUGCUUGGCUGAGAUGGAGGCACAAGUUUUAUAUAUUAUCCCCUUUCUAGCUUAAUUUGCUUCUUCUCUUUGUAAUGGAAGCCAAGCAGUUUUUGCCUUGCUAUUUAAGCUGUAAGAGAUUGAAGAAAAAUUGCAAUAACAUGUUUGAUUUGAGCAUUUCACAGGUCUUCAAAGCCUCUUUUAU